ACGAAGGAUGCAGUAAUAUCUCACUGGCAUUUUGUAUGGAAUACAAAAAAUGCUGGCAAAGGUGGAAUACGGAGGAGUCCAAAAAUACAUCAAAGUUCCACAAAGUGAUGGAAACUUUGAUUUCCUCCAGUUUCUUCAAGAAGUAACAAACAAAUUCAGUCUGCAGGCUCAUCUUCUAACUGAAGGUGAGCUUAGACUGAAUGAUGAAUCUGGUACUGAGAUCGACGCAGAUGUGUUUGAUGAGCUCUUAAAGUCAGGGGUCCGAAAGUUUAAGGUUGGAUACCGUCAGUAUGUAGCUACAGAUCUAGAAAUCAAUGUGGUCGCAGAUGAAUCACUGUCAUCAGUAUUGCCGGAGCCAUCAGCAUCAUUGGCUUCAUCCGCAGACCUUUCAGCAUCACCAGCUUCUUCCCUUUCAUCGGAUUCAACUAUUAUUCUUCCAUCUACAAAGAACAGGAGAAGGGGCCUGAGAGAGCUGGAUUGUGAGGAAGCAAGACAGAAAGUUGAUACUGUUCUGAGGUCAAAUCCAAAGGGUGAAGAAAUCUUCCAAGAGUAUGACAAAACUAAAACGCUGUCAGAUGCAACACGCAGACAGAUGGUCAACAUUCUGGUUGCAGAAAUGACUGAUUCAUAUGGAAGAAUUCCACCCACAAGUGCGCGGGUCAGUUAUGCACAGGGAAUUGUUACCCGGUUUCCAUAUCUUCAAGAUCCAUUUUCCAAAAAUGGAUAUGAACAUUACUACGAUCCGGAGGCAAAUACCGGUUAUCUUGCUUGGAGACUUAAGACAGUACAACGAAACACUUGCGAUGGACCACGCGGGUGUUCCAGGCCGAUUGUCAAGGACAGUCCAAUGAGAAAACGGGAAUCUCUGUUAACUGGUGACCAGCUGUUUGGUGACGAGUGCAGAGAGGCUAUCUCUUUAAUCAGACACUCAACAGAUAAAGUGGUGGUUAAAGAGAAAAUGAGAGCAACCUUUGAAUACAGACAGAAGAUGGUUCACGACAAGGAUGCAACAGCUUCAGUGUUGGAGGUCUUCCCUCGUUUCCUUGACAUACCUGGAUUGAUUGACCAGGACUUUUCCAUAAUGUUUGGGGAUGAAGUAUCUGGACGGUUCCUUGCAAGGUGGCCCUCAUAUUUCAAGCAGAAAGUCAUCGCAGAAUGCCAGAGUCUUCCUCAAAGUCCAUAUGUGGAGGAGCUGCUGGAACCUUUUAACCCUGAGGCAGAGAAUGACUAUGGUAAAUAUGUAGUACUGCUGGGACAGUGA